GCAUGAAUAAGGUACUACCACCACUGUUUUCGAAGCUUCAUUAAUGGAUAUUUACAGUUUAUCAUCCAAUUAACCUUAAGUUGGUGAAAGAAGUAUCUUCUAAGUUAUCUGCUUAGCUGUUUAAUUAUCUAAUGCCUAUGUUCCCAUUAGAUUACAUAAAUUCUAAUUGAGAAUCUUCACCAAUAGAGAUUAAGUUGAAGUCUUCCACUUAGAUGUUUCUAAAUAAAUAACUGAUGGAUGUGACAAAGGUUAAUAAUGUAUUGUAGUUGCCAAUUUAGAUACUAGAGGUGAUAUCUGUACAUCAGAAGCUUGUACCGGAUUCUUACCUGAAGGAUCAGUUCCUAAAUAUAUUGUUGGUGAUUAUUUAUAUGUAAGAAUCUAAUUCUUAGAUAACACCUAUACAAACUACUUAUAAGUCUAAACUGUUAAAUUCACUGAUGACAGAGGUGUCUACAGUUAUAACAAAAACACCUAAUGGUGGUAAAUCAAUUAAUAAAAAGGAUUAGUUGAUGUUAAAGUAUUAUUGUGGUAACCUUAAGUAAAUUGCAAAGUUGAAGUUACCUUAAAAACACAUUUUAAACAGAUUCAAUAUUUAAAAUUUUAUAUAAUGA